CAUACGUGGAGUUUCCGUUCCAAGCCACCGGUCCACUCUACCAGGUUUCAAUGCUCCGCAGCGUCCUGUCCAACUUUGACAACAGCAAUGACCAAAAAAAAGGCUAAAGCAAAGAAGCAUAAGAAAGAACGAAAAAGAUCGCCCACACCCCCCUGUGAGGAUAGAGGGAAGCGAAAAGAUGACAGAGAGACUCCUGGCAGGUCAAAGGAGAGAAACGAACAUGAGCAUGCGUCUAGGAGAAAAAGCUCUGGCGGUCCACAGUCAGCUACGGAAGACAGUCCAAAGAAGGAGACGUACAAAAAAUCAGAUGUAAAAAUCAAGCAGGCGGUGUUCAGAAACAAAAUAUCUCAGGACAGCGAUCACAGAGCAUCACAUAGCUCAGUGAAACGUUCCUCUUUGGAACAUUAUGUCCCCAGCACAGGGAAAAGCUCAAACAGCCAGACUCCAUCCAGGUCUUCUUCUAUUGUCUCAUCCCAAGAGCUGGAGGAGCAAAGGAAGAAGCUAGUUAAGAGGAGGUCUACAUCAGAGGACCCCAGACAGAGAUCACCCAAGGCUGCAUUUCUUCCUGAGGAGCAGAGCAAGAAGCUAGAGAAGAGGAGGUCCUUGCCAGAGGAGGAUUACCCUGCGGCCAAGAGGCGGAACACUGAAGAGCGGGUUGAUGUUGGUGUGGUGCACCGAAAGUCUAAGGAGUUGAGUGAGCAAAGAAAGAAGCUGGUGGACCGCGGGCCCAGGGAGUUACGCAAAGAGGUUGUUUCAGAAGGGAAAUGUAGCUGUCCUAUUAAAAGAGAAAGCAAGCACUCGAAGGAGAUUUCAUCCUCCAUCAAAAAUACAAAAGCUACCCAACAUGUCGGUCCUAAAAUGCAGGACAGCGACAGACAAAAAGGGCGGUCUCACUCUGCACGUCAUCAAACCUCAGGAGAAGAGCUGUCAUCAUGUCCUCGUCUUCCAGUUACUUUCAAGAUCCCUAAGAAGUCUAAUGUUGUAAAAGCACAGAUGGAUGCACAUGUUUGGGACAAUCAUAAAAUGUCUGCAGUCAUCAAAAAGCAUUCCAUCCCUGUUUCUGUGAGCUCUCCACCUGCACAGCCAAAUAAACUGAGGCCUACAGACAUUUCUGCUCGAGUUCCUCCCUGUUUAAAGUCACAUAAAACAUCAUCUUUACCUCAAGUCCAGCUUGGGCAGUCUAGUCCAUUGAGAGAGAGAAGCUCACCAAGGAACACUGCUACACAACAUGCUCUUUGUCAAGGUACUUCUACUGAGCACACAGAAACAUUUGACAAUGACCAAGAGAUGCAGCUGGUUGAGGAAUUGCACUUGGCCCGCUCUGACAAGAGACUGCAGGUGAAUGUGGUGGAGAGCUAUGGAGAGCUUACCUGCAUGGAUGUCGACCCGCCAGAAGAGGGCAUCACUGUGACACAUAGUCAGGGGCAGCACCUGCAGGACCUCUUAAUUGUGCUGGACACCAAUGUUCUCCUCAGCCAUCUGGACUUUGUGAAGAAGAUGAGGUCUCAUGGGCUUGGAGCCUUGGGCUUCCCUACACUGCUGGUCCCCUGGGUGGUUCUUCAGGAACUGGACUCACUGAAGAGUGGAAAAUUGUCCAGGGAAGUGGAGCACAAAGCCCGGCCGGCUGUCCAUUACAUCUAUAGCUGCUUGAAGAGCCAAGAGCCACGUCUCUGGGGACAGUCCAUGCAGCAGGCCUCCCAGGCUUCCUGUGGGCUGGGCGUCGUGAACAAUGACGAUCGAGUGCUGCAGUGCUGUCUGCAGUACCAGAUGUUAUAUCCAGAGGGCACUCUCAUCCUGUGCACUAAUGAUAAGAACCUGUGCAGCAAAGCUCUGCUGAGUGGAGUUAAUGCCCUGAGUAAAGCAGAUCUUGUGGAGCAGGCAGAAGGAAACCCUGGGCUGUUCAACUGCAGCCAAGGCCAGCAUGCUGCCCGUCCACCUUCAGGACACACCAAGGAAGAGCAUGAGAGAAAGCUGUGUAAUGAAGAGGAGGAGGUGAGCAGGAGAACGGCAUCUUGUGCAGAGUGGCAGCUGAGUGAGUGUGUGCCUGUGCUGGAGAGCAACCUGCAGAGUGCUCUCUCUGCAGUUCUGGAAGAAGAGAUGAAGGCUGCUUAUGGAGAGCUGUGGACAGAGAUAGUGUAUUUGAAACCUCCGUGGACUCUGGAGGCUGUGCUGCAGUGUUUCCGGAAGCAUUGGAUUGCUGUGUUUGGGAACAUUAUCAAGAGAAAUCUAUUGAGUUGUGUGGAGACACUUGGCAGCUGUUUGUGCUUGGGUGCAUCAGUGGAGCGCGGCUCUGUUCUGACUGCCUUGCGCGCAGCUGAGGAGCUGCUGAUGGAGCUUAGCGGCAGGUCUCAGUACAGUGGCCACGUGGCAACAGCUCUCUCCUGUCUCCAGACUCUACGACACAGACUGCAAGGCCAGCCUCAGGAAAAGACAGUGGAGGACACCAGUGAUGGUGACACCCUGAUGGCUGAGGCGGUGGAAGAUGUAGCACCACCUCCCCAGACCUCUCCUAAUGAAGUGUGGGCUUUUUUUGAGAGCCUCUGGAACAAUGUCUGUCAUGUCAGCUCGACUCUGUUCUCGGCACUACAGUACUCACCAGACUCAAUGGAGACAGUGCAGCUGUUCUUCACAACCCCACCUCAGGAUGCUCUGACCUGCCUCCACCGGCUCUCCACUGCUCUCACACAGCUGCUGGAGGCCUUCCAAAGGGUACUAUCUGUGGACAGCACUGUAGAGGACGCUCAGGCCAUGCUCACUGUUAUUCACACUAGUGAGAUUGCUGCUGUGGAGCCACGGUUCACUGCCAAGGACCUGUUUGAAUGCCUGUCUCAACGAGAGUACAGGGAAAAGCUGUGUGUAGGAGGAGCCCAGCUGAUGGAGCUAAAAGCAAAUCUGGAUCGCUGUGCAGCUACUGUGUGUGGUCAGAGUGAAAGCAGAACCUGAAGCUGGUAAUGAAACACAACCAAGCUACACUGACAGCCUGUUCACAUCCACACUACAGCGGGGCAGCUGAGUGGUUCAGUAUUCAGAUGGACUGAAGAACGUUGUUUACAUGUGUGACUACCACCAAAACCUCAUCAUCUUACUGCACCUCCGCUUUUAUACCAGGCUCAUCACAGUCAGAACACUAGGAAGUUGUAGCAGUUGUGGAAGUUAAUCUAGGUUAACCUUUUAAUCUGUUCUGUACGGUGCCCAACAAGACCCUAUUCAUUGUACAAUUUAAAACACUUUGCAAACUCAUAAACGUGCUGCAAACACAGAACACUUUCACCAACAUGACUCCAUCAGAGCAACAUUUUACAGACGCACUAAUAAAGAAAAAACACAUGCAACUUCAGAAACACUGCAAAGCCAGUCACAACACAAUGGAAGUGAGCCACAACACCACAGAAAUGUUUCUGGAAGAAAGGGCUCAAAGGGGAUGGAAUAUCUGUGAUGGAAAAUCACUGACAGAAGUAGAUAAGACCGCUGACACAUCCCAAGUUCAUAGUUAACUUGGCUGGCAUAGCUGUACUGUUCUCUAGUAUUACUACUUUAACUUUUACAGCUAAUUCCCAUUACAAUACAGUGAUUGUAGUGAUAUGCUCAAAUAAAAGUUGACUUACUUUUACCAGAUGUUUGUGCUGCAUAGAAUUUAGAAGUCUGGAUGGCUACAUCCUCUUUAAGUGUCCUCUGGAAACAUCUCUGUUGUGUUGUGACAGACUUAUAAGCAUUUCUGAAGUUGCAUGUGUUUUCUUUGUUUGCAGUGCAUUUAUGUAAUGUAGCAUCGGUGUUGUCAAUUUGAUGAAAGUGGUUUCUGAGUUUGUGGAGUGUCUACGACUUUACAGCGCAUUUGUAAAAUGCAUUGCCCGUGUUGUCAUUUUAAUGAAAGUGUUUUCUGCGUUUGCAGCUCGUUUCUUAUUUGCAGUUUGUUGGGUCUUUUCUGCCACCGUAGUUCUGAGACCAGCUUUACCUUUUCUACUUGGUUUUCUCUGUGAGAAGCUGGAUCUUGCGAAAGUCGGGAGAGGCCAUGAGCUGUUGCUAGAAUUUUCUGGAUUGUUAUCUUGAGAUAACAAGUUAAUUAUCUUGUUUUGUUAUAUUGAGAUCACAAGAUAAUUCACUCGUUAUCUCAAGAUAAAACUCCAGAAAAUUAUAACUACCUCGUGGCCUCUCCGGACUUCCAUAGGAUUUAAAUUCGUGUUCUCAUUUACAACCUGUUUUAGAGCCAGUUUAAUUUUUUACUUUAACAAAUUACAGAUGCACUUGGUUUUGUGCAAAAGUUUGGGUACCCCAGUCAAAUUAUGUUUGUUGAUUUUCUAAGCAAAAAUAAGUUAACUCAUCCUCUAUGGAGAGUGCACUUC